AUGGCUAACACACCAGUAUGGGGCACUACGCGUUUGGGGAAUUUUUCAGUAAAGUCGGCUACAUGGAUAGCACAUAAUUUAGAGCCAAAUGCUGUAAAAUGGCCACAUCGUUGGAUAUGGAAACUAGACAUCCCGCCUAAACUCCAAAUUUUCUUAUGGCAAAUAAUGCAUAAUAGUGUUGGAGUUAGAGACACCCUUUAUAAAAAAAAGAUUAUUCCUUUCAAUCAUUGCUCCUUUUGUUGCACUUAUCCGGAAUCUCAUGAUCACUUAUUUCUUACUGGUGAUAGGGCCAAAGAAAUUUGGAACCACGUUUUAACCCAAAGCUGGUUGCCUGGUGCACUUCCACCCAUAGACUUAAUAACAACAUUAUCUACGCUUCGGAAAAACACCUCCCUCCGAAAGUUUAUCAUCCUUUUAUGGAGUAUCUGGAAAGAACGAAACUCUAUUAUUUUCAAGAAUGAGACUUUUGACAUCCCUAGAACCUUCCACCGAGCGCAAUUUGCGUUCAAAGAGUGGAAUUAUUGCAUUUUCAUAGAUACCUCUUUAAGCUUGGGGGUCUCCAAUGCAAAGAUCCCAAACCCAUUCCACAACCCACAAUUAGUUUCAUGGAGGCUCCUCCUCUCACCUCCUUCAAACUCAACUUUGACGGUUCGGUCAAAAACAAUUCAGCAGCAGCAGGAGUCAUCAUUAGAGACAGUGACGGCACACCCAUUACAACACAAAGCUUUCAACCUUGGAACCACCAAUGCCAUUGUAGCUGAAGCUUUUGGUCUCCACAAGGGAAUCAUCCUCGCCCUCCAACAAGGAAUACAAAAUCUUCAAAUUGAAGGGGACAACCUCCUAGUUGUCAACGCAGUGAACGAGAAGCAAAUAGAGCAGCAGAUUGGAUUGCAAAUAUUGGACAUCUUGUCACCGACAAAUUGGAUAUUUCUUUUUGUACCUCCUCAACUUUGUACCCCAUUCUCACCCCAGAUGCUUUAG